AAGCUUUCGUGAAUCUUUGAAACCUUCGAAGAUCUGAAAAUGGCUCCGGCGGUGACCUGUACGAGACUGACGGUGUUCACCUUCGCUGGGAUCUUUGUUCAGAUUCUGGGUCUCGCGUUUUUUGUCUUCGGGUUCUUCCCCGUCAAGCCGACUCUCUCCGGCGUCAGUGGUCCGGAGAGUUAUUAUGCUCCGUUCUGCGAUUCUGCUAAGAACUGGAGCGAUUCGGAGCUACAUCCUGAGAAGCUGAGAUUGCUCUACCAGGAACUGUCUGGCAUCUCUCCCGCAUUUGAUCGACUAAUUUUGAUGGUCAUUGAUGGCCUCCCUGCGGAAUUUGUGCUGGGGAAGAGUGGUCAGCCUCCGAGGAAGGUGUGGAAGGAUUCAAUGCCUUACGUUCAGUCACUGUUGGAUCGUGGAAGGGCAGUUGGGUACCAUUCUAAGGCAGCCCCUCCUACUGUCACCAUGCCUAGAUUGAAGGCUAUGGUUUCUGGGGCAAUUGGUGGAUUCUUGGAUGUGGCUUUCAAUUUUAACACACAGGCCCUCUUAGAUGACAACCUUCUCGGUCAGUUUUUUAUGAUUGGUUGGAAAAUGGUGAUGCUUGGCGAUGAUACAUGGCUCAAGUUGUUCCCGGGUUUAUUUAUGAGACAUGAUGGUGUUAGCAGUUUCUUUGUUAAAGAUACAGUACAGGUGGACAAAAAUGUUUCUCGACAUUUGCCAGAUGAGCUUAAAAGUGAUGAUUGGAAUCUUUUGAUCCUUCAUUACUUGGGCUUGGAUCAUGUUGGACAUAUUGGUGGCCGUAACAGUCCCCUAAUGGCCUCAAAACUCAUGGAAAUGGAUGGUAUAGUGAAAACAAUGCAUUUGAGAGCCAUUCUAGAUAAUGGGCAUGAUCAAGGGAGGACUCUUUUGGUAGUGGUAAGUGAUCAUGGUAUGACUGAGAAUGGAAAUCAUGGAGGAUCAUCGUAUGAAGAAACUGACUCCUUAAUGCUCUUUAUUGGCUUGAGGGAUGACACUUCUGAUUAUGCAGUGGCUACCGAAAAUAUAGCUAACCAGGUAGAUCUGGCGGCAACUUUAGCUCUUCUAUAUGGUGUGCCAAUUCCUAAGAAUAACGUCGGAAUCCUUCUUCCGCAAACUCUCGACUCUUUAAAAGAUUACGAGCAACUAAGGGCAUUGCAAUUGAACUCCUGGCAGUUACUCAGAUUAAUGCAAGCACAGUUACCGGGUUCUUUACAUGAAGGCUUCUCCUGUGGCGGCGUUGGUGACGAAUUAUUUAAUGGCCAUAGUAACGAUCUCAAAGCUGCAACUAGUGAGUGCUCUGGGAGUAAAGAGAAGCAACUUCGUUGUUUAUUUACCAAUGCUGCUGUUCUUCAUGGCAUUUGGAAGUCCAAGAAAAUGACAGAGUCUGAUACCAUGGAAGAUUUCAGCGGAGCUUUAGAUGCAUAUACUAUGUUCCUGAGAACUGCAAGUGAGUGGUUAGCCGGCAAAACCACUGAAAAACCAGUUAUCGCGCUUGGUCUAGGGGUGGGUUCCAUGCUUCUUUCAUGCCUCGUCUGUGUCAGUCUCAUUCUUUGCUUAUUCAGAGAGGUUUACCAUAAGCCUAAGGAUCGACCUUCCAAUUUCAGUUAUCGACUGAGUUUAGAAGAGGGGUUCAUUUUGGCUGUUGUUUUGAUCCUUCUUAUAAGUAUGGGAUCAAGUUCUAUGGUGGAAGAAGAGCAUUAUAUCUGGCAUUUCCUGGUAUCAACGUUUAAUCUUCUGUUGUUCUACAAGACAGCCAAUUCAUUUGAAUUUUCCAAGGGCCUGAACAUAUUCAGAGAAUGUAAAAUAUGGGACAUCUUCUUGCUUCUUAUUUGCGGCAGAUUACUGAGAGGUUGGCAUCAAGGAGGCGUUAAUUGGACCUACCUUCCUGAUAUUUCUAAGUGGCUUGGGCAAGCUGACCGUGGUUAUGUCAAAUAUAUUCAGCUAAUCUCAAUCUUCUUGGUCACUGGCUGGGGGCUUUUUACUCUAAUUCAAAAAGGAUUAAAGAGAAAAAGCGUUCUUGUGCUGGCAUUUGGUUUUUCAAUCUGCAGGUUCAUAAUUCUGCUACAUGCUGCAAGAUAUGAAGAUAACAUGUUGGAGGUGUCCAAUUAUGGUGCCACCUUAGCAGCAAAAGUUACCUAUUUGUUGCUUGCUACCUCUGUGAUUGGAGCUGCCACAGUGUUGCCAUGGUUUAUGCCUCUUUCAACUAAUAUGUCCAGAAGUUAUAACAAUCACUCAUUGCCAGCUGAAAGAGAAGACAAGUUUUUGCCAGUAGAAGCAGGUGAUUCCUUGUCUGUGAUUGGCUCAGCUUACAUACUGUCCUGGUGUCUUCUACAGCUACUGCUUCAACAACCGGUCAACUCGGGAGCCAUAUUUUUGCUGCUCAUCCAAAUGUUAGCACUAUCACAUCUUUUUUCGAAAGGAUUGCAGGUUAAGGAAUGGGUCGAGGUUGCUGCAUUGUACUUUUUGGGAAUGGCAGGCCACUUUGCUCUUGGGAACAGCAAUACUUUAGCAACCAUUGAUGUCGCUGGUGCUUUUAUCGGAAUCUCUAGUCAUUCUACCGUACUUUCCGGCAUUUUGAUGUUCAUAAUCACCUAUGCAUCUCCGAUGCUAUUCCUUCUAGGCUUGGUGAUGUACGUAGGUGCAAAGGCAAGAAGAAAUCACUCAAGAGGUACCCAGAAUGAAGAUCUGGGACAGCUCCUAAAACAAACACUCGGUUUUCCUUGCUUAGUUCCACUCUGCAUAAACUCACUUCUGCUUACGGCAUACACUGUCGUAUUGCUACUUAUGAGGAACCACCUAUUUGUUUGGAGCGUUUUCUCCCCCAAGUACCUUUAUGUAUGUGCAACAGCUGUUUGCACUUACAUUGGGGUCUGUAUCGUGGCCGCUACUGUAACAUACACAUACUCUGUGGCAGCCAUGCGAAAAAGCAAGAAAAUUAGGAGACAAAACUAGUUGAUCUCUCUGAAGAGGACAUGGCAGUGAUCUUCAGGAACAUGAGCAGAACUGAAGGACGACCAAGAUGGGCUUUUGUUCAAAAUUGGCAUUGAUCUGAUGAUUGAUACACAAACUUCAGACAGAAAAGUGAUUUUGUCAUUAUCAUUCACAAUUACAGAUUGUAAAGAAUGCUGCUUCUGAUAUGUGAAUCUUUGGAUGUAUCACUGUAUGAUUCAUGUUCUCCUCUCAGUUAUUACAAUA